UCACAUGUCGACUAUGGUAGUAUGGAGGGACCCCUUGUUCUCGCCCUGUCUCUGUUGGCCGUUAUUUUACUAGCUUCCUCCUCCCCGCUGUUCUUCUACCCUCACCAGGACAACAAAGGUACCACACAGCGGCACGACGUCAUUACGCGACACCCCAAGUUUAGGAGUUCGAAGUACAAGACGGAAUGUGGGAUCUUGACGGAUCUAAGCUUUAUCGGCUGCGAGGUGUGUACGCUGGUAGUGGACGGAUUGAAGGAUUUAGUGGAGAAACAGAGUUCCCAGGAAGAUAUUGUCGAGUUUAUGACGUUCGUCUGUAAAAAGUUCAAGAUCGAAGACGACAGAGUGUGUGAAGCAAUCGUUAAAGAAUACAAGGACGAGUUUAUUGGAGUUGCUUUACGCCUCGUUUUGACACCAGCUGAGGUCUGUGGAAUUCUCUUGGGGAAAAUUUGUGGGACGCCGUAUGAUCCCAAUGAUCUCUGGAACGUAUCUCUUCCUGAUACCCCAAAACCAGCACCAAAGCCAAGGGUUCUACCAAAGCCAGGUUCGCCAAAACUUCGUAUUCUUCAUUUGUCCGACCUCCAUAUUGAUCCUGCAUACGAAAUCGGGUCAAAGGUUAAAUGUGGGGAGCCCCUUUGCUGUCGUCAAGGAGACCGUAAAGCAGCCCCUGGGGAGCCUGCUGCUGGAGUAUGGGGGACUGUUGACUCGUGCGACGUACCCUUCAGUCUGGUGGAUAGUUUGUUUCAACAUCUCAACUUAAUACAGGAUCAGUUUGAUGUGGUGUAUUUUACCGGUGAUUUACCGGCACAUAACGUAUGGAAUCAGUCAAGAGACAAUCAACUGAAGGCUCUCCAACAAUUCACAGACCUCAGCUUGAAAUACUUAUCAAACAAAACAAUCUACAGUUCGCUCGGGAACCACGAGAGUGCUCCCGUCAACAGUUUUCCCCCACCCUACAUUAAUGACAAGGACGCCAUCACCUGGCUCUAUGAUGCUGUGGCCGAUUCCUGGAAGAACUGGUUACCUCAGGACACGAUGUCCACCAUUAAAAGAGGAGGCUAUUAUACAGUCAAACUUGGCGACAAGUUCCGCUUGAUCUCGCUUAAUAUGAACUACUGCAACAACGGAAAUUGGUGGUUACUGAUUAACACAACAGAUCCUACUGGUCAGCUCCAAUGGCUAGUGGCUACACUGCAGCAAGCCGAAGACCAACAGGAAAUGGUCCAUAUUAUAGGACACAUACACCCUGGUGGCGGAAGUUGUCUGAAGGCCUGGAGCUGGAACUAUUACCGAAUUGUCAACAGAUACGAGAACGUCAUAGCGGGGCAGUACUUUGGACACAGCCAUACAGAUUGGUACGAGGUCUUUUAUGAUGACGUCACAUUCAAACGACCCACCAGUGUUUUAUACAUCCCCGGAAGUGUCACAACGUUCGCCGAUCUCAAUCCCGGUUUUAGAAUUUAUGACAAUGACGGCAUCUACAAGGGCAGUUCCUGGACAACAUUAGAUUUUACCAAUUACUAUCUAAACCUGACAGAAGUUAAUCUCACGAAUAAACCUCUUUGGCAGAAAGAAUACAAUGCAAAGGAAACUUAUGGUUUGAAAAGCCUGUUUCCAGAGGAUUGGAGCGAACUGAUUUAUCGGAUGAAAGCCAAUGACACCUUAUUUCAAACCUUUUAUCGACAUUAUUACAAGAUGGCUCCGACACCGUCAUGUACAGGGCAGUGUAAAACCGACUUAUUGUGUGACCUCAAGUCAGGAAGGUCACAUGAUCCAGCCCUGUGUACAGACAUUUGAGGAAGGUCACAUGACCCGGCCUUGUGUACAGACAUUCAGUCUUAGUUAUACAAUCAAACAUAGGUCUACGACAUAGUUUUGUUAUUGUUGUUGUUUUAGAGCAAAUACUCAUGACUUCAUUUAAUCCUUUAUCAUAAUUUGUUAUGAAUGUACUAUGUAUUUUAAUGAAAUACAAAUCAU